AUGGUGGGCGCCCUGGAGGCUGACGAGGGCGUCGCUUCGGUAGAACGGGAAGCCUCCAGGACGGUGGCGGCAGUUCAGGAGACCAGGGGGGAGCCGGCAGCUCGGGAGACCAGGGUGGAGCAGAUAGUGGGAGGAGCCAAGGAGGAGAGAGGAAGGACUUGGAGCAGGAGGAGCAUUUCGGUGCAUCCCUAUCAGAAUCAAAUCAGUUGCUUUUUGUUCUUUUACAUUUUCUGCUUUUCUCUCUCUAAACAGCUCAACAAAGCAGCAAUAAUGAGUUCUUGUUCGGGACCAGAAAAUGCCAAAGUUGUAGUGGUAGGUUCAGGUUUUGCAGGUUUGGCUGCUGCAGCCAAGUUAGUGGAGGCAGGAUUUGAAAAUGUCCUGGUUCUUGAGGCAAAGGAAAGAGUUGGAGGCCGAGCGCACACCACUAAACCGUUCAGCGAGAAUGUCAUUGAAGUUGGAGCUAACUGGAUCCACGGGCAGAAAGGAAACCCUCUGUUCAAGAUUGCGAAAGAGGAGAACCUGCUAUCUGAGGGACCUUCUGCACGCAAAAACAUGUGCCAGCCUCGUUCUGUAACUCCUCAAGAUUACUUUUUCAAAGAAGAUGGGAAGCAGGUCUCCACAAAAGUUGUAGAUCAGGUGAGUUCGUGCUUCAGCAAGCUCACCGACAAAGCUUUUGAUGAUGAACUCAAGAGCAGGCACAGGAAACUAACUCUAGGUGCUUAUCUGGAUGAUGCUUUUGGUGAAGCUCCUUUAGCGGCGACAGAGGACGCCCGGCAAGUUUUUGAAUGGUGCAAGAGGAAUGAAUGCACAGAUGAGGCUUGCUCCACCCUCUAUGAGGUUUCUGCAUCUCAGAUUAGCAAUUACACUGCUCUAGAAGGAGAGUUUUUUAAUACAUUGGGACCUGGUGGCUAUCGAGCAGUUUUGGAUGUUCUCCUAAAAGAUCUGCCUUCGGGAACUGUCCAGUGUAGUGCACCGGUCAAGAGCAUCCAAUGGGACUUGGUCAAAAAAGGUAGUGGUGAAGAUCAAAGGUAUCCUGUUAAGGUCGUCUGUGAAAAUGGACAGAGCUUUGAGGCAGAUCAUGUGAUUGUCACUGUAUCUCUGGGGGUUCUCAAAGACAAAGCGACAACCAUGUUCGAACCGUCCUUACCGGAGAAAAAGCUGUCUGCAAUUGAGAAUCUUGGCUUUGGGAUAGUGGACAAAAUUUUCCUGUUUUUUGAGGAAAGUUUCUGGCCAGACGACUGUUCCGGGGUUCAGCUGGUGUGGAAAGAAGGGCCUGAAGAUAAAGAUGUUUAUGAGGCUCUGUCUGAAGGAGAAACCUGGAAAAAGACGUGGUUCAAGAAGAUCACUGGUUUUGAUACAGUGGCUCGUCAUCCUACGGCUCUGUGUGGCUGGAUCACAGGUAGAGAAGCUCUGUAUAUGGAGAAUCUUCAGGACAGUGAAAUCGGAGCUAUAUGUGUGAGGUUGCUCAGGUCUUUCACAGGCUGGACAGUGCCAGAAGUCUCAAAGACACUGAUCACCAGAUGGGGCUCUGAUUCCCACGUCCGUGGCUCCUAUACAUUUAUUCCUGAUGGUGUCAAUGGAGUGAAAGCACACAAGGCAUUAGCGUCACCUCUUCCCCCUAAAUAUAAAUGCAGAGGCAGGAAGCACCUUCAGGUGUUGUUUGCUGGAGAAGCUACACAUGAUAAAUUCUACACCACGACCCAUGGAGCGUACCUCACAGGCGUCAGAGAAGCAGAAAGACUCAUAAGCUAUUACGCCGAUUGAACAUACAGUACCAAAAAGAAAAGAGCAUAGCCUACACUUUGGUUUCAUGAAGAUAACAUUUUACGAUCAUUUAACAUUUUAUAGACUUCUUCUCACGCCCUAGCCUUUCACAUGUUUUGUGUUUAAAUGACCCAUAGCUAGUUUAUAACUGCCUGACAAACAGCAUUUCCGAAUGCUUACAUCCAACUGAUCACAUUAUGCAUAUCUCUGUCUGGUUAAAUGUUAUUAC